AUGUCAUUGGAGGUUGUUGUUAAGAAUGAGCCGGUAGAUCCAGAAGAAAUGUGCAUCGUACCGGGAUCGCAAAUGGAGACUGAAUUCGUCAAUGUAAAAAUUGAAAUUGUGGAAGAAAGUAGUCAUAUAUACUAUUGGAUAUUAAAUAGUUUAUUUGUUUUGCAGCGAGAGAAAGUAGUGAAGCAGAAGAAACGGCAGGGCCCGCCGUCCCCGAAGCUGAUUCUGCCGGACAUUCCCGACUACAAUGAUCCAACUUCAGUAGACAAAGUCAACGGGACGUCAUCUUGUCCCAUUUGUCACAAAGUAUUCUCAAAUCGAGGCAACGUACAGCGCCAUUUAGCUCUGCAUGACAAACAAACAUACACCUGCGACUACUGCAAGCGCACGUACACAAAUAAGAAGUUCUUCGACAAACAUAUCUACUUACAUACAAUAGAGAAGCAGUAUAAAUGCGACGUGUGUAAUAAGAGAUUUAAAACUGUUUCCAAUUUGGAGCAACACAAAAAGUCGCACUCGGAUAUAAAACGUCACCCGUGUGAUAUAUGCGGACGAACUUUCGGCAUCAGAGGCAAUAUGCUGAAACACAGAGAGCGACAUAAAGCGAAAACGGAAACCUAUAAAUGCCCUGUCUGUAAUAAAUUUUUCGAUAAAGAGUUUUUACUUAACAGCCAUAUGUCACGGCAUAACGACCAAAAACCCUACAUGUGCGACAUAUGCUGCAUGAAUUUUAAGCAUAAAAGCACUUUAGUUCGGCACUCGCAGGUACAUAACGGCAAUAAACCGUAUUUUUGCCAAAUAUGCUUCAAAAGAUUUACCUCUUACGGUUUAAUUAAACCGCAUAUGCGUAUACACACAGGGGAGAAACCAUACCCCUGCAGAAUGUGUAAAAAACCCUUUGCGCAUAAACAUAAUAGGGAUCGACAUGAACUCAGACACAGCAAAGUGAAAAAUCUAGUCUGCCAUAUUUGCAAUAAGAAGUUUCCUAGAGAAAGCCGGUUGAAAUAUCACAUGAGGUCUCAUACUAAAGAGAAACCAUUUUCUUGUAAUGUGUGUUUAAGAAAUUUUUCGCAUAAACAAAACGUUAUUAGACAUUAUGAUAGAAAACAUCCCAAUGUUGAGUAUGGGAUCACCAAAAAUGAGGUUAAAAUUGAAGAAGUUGAAUAAAAA